UUAGAAUCCGUGGUUGCUACUGAAAAGCCCCGAUGCCAUGCUGAUUCCUGAUCCUUAUUCUGGUGACCUGUUCUUUUCUAGCUGAAAGUGCUUUGGAUCUUCCCUUCACCCCAUACUCUGAAAUUUCACAAUGUACCUCCCCCUGGGUCUCUGCAUUCAUCUUACUUAGGCACCUUUUAAUCUAGGGACUUGAGUAUUUCACUGACGGGACAUUGUCUUGGUGUUUUUCCGUUUUUAAAAAUAAUUUCUCUUCCUUUGUUCUCUUUGAACUAUUUUUAUUGGAUGGUAGACUUCCCAGAUUCACCCUCCAAGUCUGUCCUCUCUCUUUCUUCUUUCCCUUGAUUUUGAUUUAUCACUCUGCUAUUGGGUUUUUAAUUUCAGCUGAGAGCCUUCAGUUCUCAGGGCUUUCUCUUGUUUUCGGAUUGAUUGUUUUUCAUGGCCCUCUGGGAAGAAUACCAAGGGAGGAGGGCCAGGGGAGUGUAAGAGUGGCCUGGUCUCCUCAUUGUACUCUUUCCCUGUCCCCUGAGGGCCGCCUCUGAGGUCCCUCAUGGCUUCUCCAGUUUGGACUCUGGUGCUGCUUGUGGGGGCUGCCUGGGGCCAGGCUCCCUUGCCUGCCCCUAUCUGGACACAGAAGCCCCAGGAUUUGAAACCUGCUGCUCUCAACCCAAGGGAGAAAGCCAUUAUCUCCCAGUGUGAUUUUGAGGAUAAUUCCAAACCCCUCUGUGACUGGUCCCAAGAGUUCACCGAUGAUGGGGACUGGAUCCGAGCCAGUGGUCCCUCCUCAUCUGGCACCAGUGGGCCCCCUGGGGGUUACCCUAAUGGAGAGGGCUACUAUCUGCACAUGGAUUCCAACAACUUCCGUCAGGGUGGAGUGGCCCGCCUGCGCAGCCCUGACAUAUGGGAGCAAGGCCCGUUCUGUGUGCGCUUCGCCUACCACAUGUUCGGGCUGUCAUGGGGCUCCUGGCUCCGACUGCUGCUAUUCAUGGGCAAACAGAACAAUCGCCCCAAAUUGAUCUGGAAACACACAAAUACCCAGAGCCCUUCCUGGAUACCUACCUCCGUCACUGUGCCCGCAGGACUCAACCUGCCCAGCUGGCUGACGUUUGAGGGGAUGAGGGGCAACACUCCCUACUUGGACAUCUCCCUGGAUGCCCUCGCUAUCCAUCGGGGAACCUGCAAUAGGGUAUGCAUGAUGCAAAUGUGCAGUUUUGACACUAUGAAUGAUCUCUGUGGCUGGAGCUGGAUCCCAUCUUCCUCUGGGGCCAAGUGGACACAGAAGAAAGGGUCAUCAGGGCAGGCAGACGUGGGACCUAAUGAUGACUUCUCCAGUCCUGGGAAUGGCCUCUACAUGCUCCUGGACCCCAAAAAUGCAAGGCCGGGGCAGAAAUCUUCCCUCCUGAGUCCCCCGAGCCGCUCCAAUGGCUGUCUGACCCUUUCUUUCUACUAUAUCCUGCGGAACCGGUCUCCUGGAGCAGCCCUCCUGGUCUACGCUUCCACCUUGGGCAGCAUCCGGAAACACACUCUUUUUUCAGGACAACCUGGACCCAAUUGGCAGCCUACUUCUCUCAAUUAUACAGGACCGGGACAGAUACAGUUUGCCCUGGUGGGUGUGUUUGGAAGGAUCCCAGAGCCAGCGGUAGCAGUGGAUGCAGUCAGCCUUGCUCCCUGUGGGGACAGCUUUCCUCAGUGCAACUUUGAAGACAAAGCCCGUCCCUUCUGUGACUGGACCCAUAAAUCAGAAAGUGGUGGACAGUGGUCCUGGGGAAGUAGAACUAUUCUCAACAACAUCACAGGCCUUGUGGGGAAUCAUUUUAUCUACUUUGAGGUGGACAAGGUCUCCAAAGCAGGGCAGUCUGUCAAACUGACCAGCCGGCCCUUCUGUGCCCCUGGGGAUAUCUGCGUGGAAUUUUCUUACCACAUGAAUGGCCCUGGAGAGGGCAGUACACUCAUUCUCCUGCUGAGCAGCCCUGCUGGAAGUUCCCCUUCUUCUCUGUGGAACCGUGUUGGGCCCCAGAGCCCUAGCUGGCUCAAUGCUUCUACCACCAUCUCUUCAGGACACCGGCAGCCCAUGCAGCUGAUUUUUGAGGCCAUCCGGGGUAGCAACCCCGCUUUUAUUGUUGCUGUGGGUUUCAUCUUGAUCGGUCAAGGUUCUUGUCGAGCCACAACAGCAGCAGGGCUUUCUACCGCAUCUCCAAGUUCACAAACUGAAUCAUUUGAAACCAGUGUCUCCACAGAAGCACCCACCACCACCACCACAGAGAAACCCACUGAAACCACUGAGGAAACCACUACCCCCACUACUACCACUACCCCCACUACUACCACUACCCCCACUACUACCACUACUACCACUACUACCACUACUACCACUACUACCACUACUACUACUACCACUACCCCCUCUACUACCACUACCCUCACUACCCCUACCACCCCCACUACCCCUACUCUCCCCACUACCUCCACUAUCCCCACUACCCCUACCACCUCCACUACCUUCACCGCCUCCACCAUGAGACCCUUUGUCAUCACCAUCGAGGUAACCACCCCCACAGAGCAAGUCACUGAUAUCACCGAGGAGAUCACCACUGCCACGGAGGAACCCACUGAGGAAAUCACCACUGCCACAGAGGAACCCACUGAAUUCGAGGAGACCACCUCGGCCACAGAGGAAGCCGCUGAAACCACUGAGGAGAUCACUACCACAGAGGAACCCAUCGAAACCACCCCGGAGACCACUACCACCACCACAGAGGAACCCACUGAGACCACCCCGGAGACGACGACGACGACAACGACCACGACGACCACCACCACCACCACCACCACCACCACCACCACAGAGGAGCCCAUCAAAACCACCCCGGAGACCACCACCACAGAAGAACCCACUGAAGCCACGGAGGAGACCACCGUAGAGGAACUUCCUGAAGCCACUGAGGAGACCCCCACCCCGGUGGAGGAACUCACUGAAACCACAGAGAAGCCCUCAGCUUGUACUGAAGAAUCCUGCCCUAGUACAUCGGACCUGCCCGCUGGGCCAUCAGUCUUGGUGAAGCCUCUACACUUUCACAAGAGCACCACUUCCCCGACUACCACCACCACCUCUAUGACCACUACCACCACCACUACCACUACCACCACCCCCAAAACUACCAAAGUGAAGUGCUCCCCAAAUUCCCACUAUGAAUCCUGUGCCUGCCCUGCAUCCUGUGAGAACCCCAAACCCAACUGCAAUAUACUCUGCCAGCCAGGCUGUGUCUGCAAUCCUGGUUUUUUGUUUAAUGACAACAAAUGCAUCAAUGCCUCUUCCUGUGAUUGUGUCUACGGCAAAAGCUACUAUAAGUUUGGGCAAGAAUGGUUCAGCCCCAACUGCACAGAACGUUGCCAAUGCCUUGCUGGCAGCCGUAUGGAGUGCCAUAUCUCUGAGUGUGGAUCACACACAGUGUGCCAGCUGAAGGAUGGCGAGUAUGGAUGCCACCCCUAUGGCACUUCCACCUGCAUGGUCUAUGGUGACCCUCAUUAUGUCACCUUUGAUGAGAGGCACAUCAACUUCUCAGGCAAAUGCACCUAUGUCUUGACUCAGCCCUGCCGAAACUCUUCAAACACAUUCUUCAAAGUCUUAGCCAAGAAUGAGGAAUGGGGACCCAGAGGACUGACCUGCCUGAGCAAGGUUCAUGUGAUCCUGUCUGAGACUACCAUCACCCUGCUCAAGGGCAGACAAACACUGGUUAAGGGUCAGCGAGUCACCCUCCCAGUCAGACCUUCUAAAGGUGUCAUCAUACGUCCAAGUGGGCGGUUUGUGAAAGUGAAAACAGCAUUUGGUUUGCUUAUAAAGUGGGACGGCCACCAGCAGCUGUUUGUGACUAUGUCCAGUGUGUUCUCAGGCAAACUCUGUGGUUUCUGUGGAAACUUUGACGGGGACAGCAGCAAUGACAACCUGAAGCCAGAUGGUGAGCCAGCUGAAGACGAUGAGGAUCUGGGGAACAGCUGGCAGACCGAGCAGGAGUGCGAGGGUAUCGAGACACGUACCCCAACUUGUGGACGAGCCUUGCAGAGCACUAUGUCAGGGUCCAAGUUCUGUGGCCAGCUUGUCAGCUCCAAAGGAGUAUUUGAGGAAUGCCAGCUUCAUGUGAAGGUCUCUUCCUUCUUUGACAACUGCAUGAAUGACAUGUGCAACUUCCAGGGCUUCCAUCUCAUGCUUUGUAUCCAUCUUUCAUUCAUGACUGCGGCCUGCCAGCACGCUGGCUAUGCUGUGAAGCCCUGGAGGAAACCCCAGUUUUGCCCCCUGAUCUGUCCAGCCAAUAGCAGUUACUCUUUGUGUGCCGAUCCAUGCCCUGACACCUGCCAUUCGGGAUUCUCUGACAAGACCUGCCCAGACCACUGUUUGGAGGCCUGCGAGUGUAACCCGGGCUUCAUCCUCAGUGGCCUUGAGUGUGUCCCUCCAUCCCAGUGUGGGUGCCUUGACACUUCAGGAACCUACUUCAAACUAGGGGAACAGUGGUACAAACCAGGCUGCAAGGAGUUCUGUGUCUGUGAAAAGAACAACAAAAUUCACUGCCAGCCCUGGAAAUGUAAGGCCCAGGAGGCCUGUAUGCUGCAAGAUGGCACCUAUGGCUGCCGUGCCCGAGGGGCGGCCACCUGCAGCGCCUCGGGCGACCCCCACUACUUGACCUUUGACGGAGCUCUGCACAACUUCAUGGGCACCUGUGCCUACGUCAUGGUCCGCCCUUGCAAUGUCAGUUCCCGAGAGAACAACUUUCUUGUUACCACCACCAAUGAGAUCCGCGAUGGGAACUUGGAGCUCUCCUACAUCAAGUCUGUCAACGUGCAGAUCUUUAACCUCAGAAUCUCACUGAUUAAAGGUCGAAGGGUUGUGGUGAAUGGCUUUCGGAUAUCCCUUCCCAUGUGGCCUCUGGCAGGCCAGGUGAUCGUUAGGCUCAGUGGCUCUUUUAUUUUGCUCUACACGAACUUUGGGCUUCAGGUUCGCUAUGAUGGGAAGCACCUGGUGGAGGUGACAGUACCCUCCUCCUAUGCUGGCCAGCUCUGUGGGCUGUGUGGGAACUACAACAACAACAGCCUAGAUGACAACCUACGCCCAGAUAAGAAACCCAUAGGCAGCUCGGUGUAUCUGGGGGCCUCCUGGAAGCACUCAGAUGACUCAGAACCCGGCUGCUUCCUGAGGGGUGGCAUAUCCUCCAGCUGCCAAUAUAACAGCACGUCGGACAGCUGGAAUAAGAGCUGUGCCAUCUUGGUGGACCCUCAGGGGCCCUUCUCCAUGUGCCACGACGUGGUACCCCCGCAGGCCAGCUUCUACAGUUGUGUGUAUAGCCAGUGUGGGACCAAGGGCAGCACUGUGGCCCUGUGCCACUCCCUGCAGGCCUAUGCGUCCCUGUGUGCUCUGGCUGGCCAUGCCCUUGCCUGGCGCAACAGCAGCUUCUGCCCUAUGCGGUGUCCUUCUGGCAGUCACUAUAACUACUGUACCAGCCCCUGCCCAGCCACCUGCCUUAGCCUGAGGAUCCCCAUGAAGUGCCCUUCUAUGCCCUGUGUGGAGGGUUGUGAGUGCCACGGAGACUUCAUCCUGAGUGGGACGUCCUGUGUGCCUCUCAGCCUGUGUGGCUGCACUGACUCAAAGGGCUUCUACCACACGUUGGGGGAGAGCUGGUACCUGGAGAACACCUGCACCACCCUCUGCACCUGCUCCGUCCAAAACAACAUUACCUGCCAGAAGACCGCCUGCAAGUCCGAGCAGACCUGCAGAGCCCUGGAUGGGCUGUUUCGCUGCAGGGCCUCAGAUGUGGGCGUGUGCCGGGUCUCAGGGGGUUCCCAGUUUGUGAGCUUUGAUGGCGUUAGCCAUAAAGCCAUUGUGGACAUCUGCACUCAAGUCUUAGUCAAAGUGUGCCACCCCAACAUGAACCUACCUUUCUUCAAGAUCAGUGCCAAGAGUUAUAACCAACAAGACAGUACCAGUCCCAUCUCCCUCCCUGAGCUCUACAUCAACAUCUUCAAUUCUAAGAUCAUCCUGAAAAAGAAACACCAAGUGCUGAUCAAUGAUGCAACAGUCACACUUCCUGCCACAUCCCAGAUCCCUGGGGUCAGCAUCACUUCUAGUGGCACCAACACCUUCGUCGAUGUUGAUAAUGGACUACAAGUCCGUUUUGAUGGCAACCAGUUCUUAGAGAUCAAAGUCCCUGUAGCCUAUUAUGACAAGGUAUGCGGUGUGUGUGGCAACUUCAAUGGUGAGGUGGAUGACGAGCACAUGAUGCCCAGUGAAGAGUUUGCCCAGAACAACUCUGAGUUCAUGAACAGCUGGAAGGACAAAGGCAUUGAGCAAACUUGCCAGAAGCCCUCAGAGCAACCUCAGAACAAAGUGGAAAGUCAAGGCACCAAGGAGGAAUCCAGAAAGGAAAGCCAGGGCCACAAGGAGGAACACAGGACGGAAAACAAGGGCCACCAGGAGGAACACAGGACGGAUAACAAGGGCCACAAGGAGGGCCACAAGGAGGAAAGCCAGGGCCACAAGGAGGAACACAGGUCGGAAAGCGAGGGCCACAAGGAGGAACACAAGGAGGAACACAGGACGGGAAGCGAGGGCCCCAAGGAGGGCCACAGGACGGAAACUCAGGGCAACAAGGAGGACUCCGAGGGCAAAGUGAAAGCCCUUUGCAAGCAAGUCGACUUCAAAACAGCCCAGAGAAAUUGCCAAGCAGCCCUUGACGCCCCUGCCUGGGCCCAGUGUGCCGCCCGGGUGGACAUCCAGCCCUACCUGCAGCUCUGUAGGGACAAGUUCUGUGACUCUGGAAUCCUGACGGGAGCCCUCUGCCUGGUUUUCCAGGACUUUGGGGCCGCCUGCAAGACCCAGGGGCUCAAGCCCCCCAUCUGGAGGAACAGCAGCUUUUGCCCUCUGGAAUGCCCGGCCCAUUCCAGCUACAGUAGCUGCCUUCCCUCCUGCCCAUCUUCCUGCUUGAACCCGGAUGGCCACUGCACAAAUAGCAGAGGCCCUUCCAGCUGUGCUGAAGGUUGCCUCUGUCAGUCCGGCUAUGUGAUGAAUGGGGACAAGUGUAUGCCCAAGAGUAGUUGUAGCUGCAAGGACGCCCAGGGUGGCACCAUCCCUAUAGGCAAGACCUGGAUCUCCACAGGCUGUACGCAGACUUGUUCCUGCGUAGGAGGAAGCAUUCGGUGCAGGACCUUCCGCUGUCCCGCUCAGUCUCACUGCCAGCACAAGGAAGGAAUCAACAAUUGCGUCCCUGACAAAUCGGAUCAAUGCUCCGUCUACGGGGAUCCCCAUUACCGCACAUUUGAUAGGUUCAGCUACCUCUUCCAGGGUCGCAUGACCUACAUCCUGGUAAAGACAGUGGACAAGCUCCCUGAAGGGCUGGAGAAGCUGGUUGUGGAGGGACGUAACAAGGUGUAUUCCUCGGCCCCGGGCCUGAUCUUCUUGCAUGAAGUGAUCACCUUCGUCUAUGGCUAUAAAGUCCAGUUCCAGGCUGGACUGACGCUUCUGGUCAACAACCAGAAGAUGGCCUACCCCUACAGUCCCAAUGAGCGCCUGCAGGUCACCAUGCAGGGCCAGCGGCUCUUUCUGAUCACCGACUUUGAGCUGGUCGUCAGCUUGGGUGGUGGUGCAAGGAUCAACGCAGUGAUCACCCUGCCCAGCAUGUACCAGGGGCUGGUGCGUGGCAUGUGUGGGAACUAUGACGGGAACCGCACCAAUGAGUUCGUACUGCCGGAUGGCAGGCUCACCCAGAACCUCUAUGUCUUUGGCAACAGCUGGGAGGCGAAUGGGGAUGAGCCCCUCUCACGUUCCCCAAGGGCCAUACCCAAGGAGGAAGAGAGACAACAAGCAGAUUCCAGCUCCCUAGGGUUGGCAUGCAGCUUGGAGCAGCUGGCACUCAUCAAUAGCACCCAGGCCUGUAGUGUGCUGGUGGACCCCGAGGGUCCCUUUGCUGCCUGUCACCAGACUGUGGCCCCAGAGCCUUUCCAGGAGCACUGUGUGGUUGAUCUGUGUACAGCCCAGGACCCCAAUGACCAAGAGGAGCUGCGCUGCCAGGUUUUCAGCGGGUACGCCAUCACCUGUCAAGAGGCGGGCGCCAGCCUAACCAGCUGGCGGGACCACACCCGCUGUGCCAUGACAUGUCCAGCGAAUACCGUGUAUCAGAGCUGCAUGAUGCCCUGCCCGGUGUCCUGUGCCAACCUGGUGACCCUUGAGGACUGUGAGGGCCCCUGUGUGGAAGGCUGCGCCAACCUCCCAGGCUACGCCUACAGUGGUGCCCAGAGCCUCCCGCUAGCUGACUGCGGCUGCACCAGAGACGGUGCCUAUUACCAGCUGGGUGACAGCUUUGUGACUGAGGAUUGCUCUGAGCGCUGUACCUGUGCCAGCUCAGGGGUCCUGAUGUGUGAGCCCUUCGGCUGCAGCUCCGAGGAGAUCUGCACCCUAGGCAACUUCACCCGCGGCUGCUUCCGAGAAACCCCGUGUCUUCCGAACCCCUGUCAGAACGAUGGUCAGUGUCUGGAGCAGGGGGCCAGCUUCAUCUGUGAAUGUGAGGUCGGCUAUGGGGGAGCCCUGUGCACGGAGCCACAGGACAUCCCUCCCCGUAAAAAGCCAGAAGCAUCCAACUUUGUGGCCAUCCUGCUGGGUAUGCUGGUGCCUGCGGUGGUCAUAGUGUCAGCAGCGAUCAGAGAGUGUGUUUACAGGAUGAGGAGGAGGAGGAGGAAGAGGAGGGAGAAAAUGAAGGACCAGAACAGAGGCCAGUUGGGGGACACAGGUGAGAGCCCACUCUGGGGCCAGCACCUGCACAUCCAGAGCUGAGUCCACUUUGGAGGCCGGUUUUCUCCAUUUUCCUCAGUGUUCCUCAGGCUGCCUUCAGAGCCACUUGGUUCUGAGUUAUUGUCAGACGUGGACAUUAAAAAAAUUUAUUUUUGA